AUGAUCUCUGUAUUCCAACUGAUAGAGAUAGUAGCGAUCGUACUCUAUUCAUUCCUACUCAUCGUUUGUCUGAUAUCAUUCUGGAAGUCAUUCCAACGCAAUGAAUUUGCACUCAUCUCUAGGAUAUUCCACUUGUUCAUCUUCUUAUUCGUAUUGUGCAGGAUAUUAUGGUACACAUUGAGGGUAGCUGAGGGUGAGACACCAUGGACUUUCAUCCUCAACAACUUUGGAUUCCUCUUUGACAUGACAGGUCUAUCAGUUAUUUUGUUCUUCUGGAUUGAACAAUACUAUCAAACUUAUGUGGCAUCGACAGAGUUCUUCCCAACAAUGAAGAUGACAUUCGUAGCAAUCAAUCUGGCGAUGUAUGGUAUCGAGAUCAUAUUAGUUUCACUAUUCUUCACAGUCAAUCACUCUAGGAAAGAGGGAAGUACAGUAUAUUUAUUGAACACAUUAUACCAAGCUGACACUAACCAUUGA